GGCGUUAUUUUUUCAGACACAUUUGCCCACCUUCAAUCGCAGACGCAACAAGAUGAAGUAUUUGGUAGUAGUGCUCCUGGCGGCCCUUGCUUGCGCUUCUCCAGUCGAGAAGCGAGAGGCGGACGCCGACCCUAGCUUCCCCAUCUACGGUCAUGGUUAUGGCUACCCUGCCUACUACCGAGGCUACGGCUACCCACACAGUUAUGGCCUCCGCCUUCACAAGAGGUCUGCUGAUCCCGAACCUGAAGCCGAUGCUGAUCCUUCCUACUUGCAUAGGCACCACCGCCCCUACUCUGUAGGCCAUAGUUACGUUCGCCCUUACACCUACGGCCACUCCCACGUCCUCCACAAGAGGUCGGCCGAACCAGAAGCUGAGGCCUCCGUUGUUUACCCACACACUUACUCCUACACCCACGCCACUCCUUACGUCCCUUACGGCUAUCCCUACAGCUACGGCUAUGGCUACGGCAGGGGAUAUGGAUAUUAACUCUGAACACACUUCGUUAUUUGCUUUCGUUAUCAGUACGGAUCUCGAUUUCGCUUUUGGAUCACUUGAUGCCAGGAUAUAUGUGCUUUCGAGCUUCACAAACAUUCUAUCCCAAUAAAGAAUCUAAAAUUU